AUGGCAGUGAGCUCGAUCAAGAACUCGAUCGAGUCGAGUUUCGAACAAACGAACUCGAUCGAGCUGGGGACUGAGAGCAAGGAGCAAGCUCAAGGAGAUUGGUCUGAGCUUAAGGCGCCUAAAGUCGACCUCAAACCUUUGCCUGAGGGCCUCAGGUAUGCAUUUCUGGGUGAAAACUCAACUUACCCUGUCAUUGUGAACUCUGAUUUGGAACCUGAACAGUUGAGUGCUUUGCUUGUUGAAUUGAGAAAGUACAGAAAGGCAAUAGGUUACACUCUAGAUGAUAUCAAGGGGAUCUCCCCUGACCUAUGCAUCCAUAGGAUUCAUCUAGAGGAUGAAAUUCAUUGCGUCCCAAAGAAAGGGGGGAUCACUGUCAUUAAAAACGACAAAGAGGAGCUGAUUCCCACUAGAACAAUAGUGGGGCAUCGCAUGUGUAUUGACUAUAGGAAGCUAAAUUCAGCAUCUAGAAAGGAUCAUUUCCCUCUCCCUUUCAUUGAUCAGAUGUUAGAAAGAUUGGCAAACCACCCUUUUUAUUGUUUUCUUGAUGGCUACAGUGGUUUCUUCCAAAUCCCGAUCCACCCUAAUGAUCAGGAGAAGACCACUUUCACAUGCCCUUAUGGCACCUUUGCUUAUCGAAGGAUGCCAUUUGGGCUGUGCAAUGCUCCAGCUACUUUCCAGAGGUGCAUGACCUCCAUUUUUUCAGAUCUGAUAGAGGAGAUGGUAGAAGUCUUCAUGGACGAUUUCUCAGUCUAUGGAGCAUCCUUCUCCUCAUGUUUGUCUAACUUGUGCAGGGUGUUGCAGAGGUGUGAGGAGACCAAUCUAGUACUCAACUGGGAGAAGUGCCACUUCAUGGUUCGAGAAGGGAUUGUGCUUGGACACAAGAUUUCCGAGAAAGGGAUCGAGCUCGAUCGAGCUAAGGUGGAUGUCAUGUUGCAGCUCCCUGUUCCCAAGACUGUGAAGGACAUAAGGAGUUUUCUGGGUCAUGCAGGGUUCUACAGAAGAUUCAUCAAGGAUUUCUCAAAGAUAGCAAGACCCUUGACAAGGCUUCUGUGCAAGGAGACAGAUUUUGAGUUUGAUGAAGAAUGCCACAAGUCUUGGACCUUGCUGAAGGAUGCUCUGGUGUCUGCGCCAAUAGUACAAGCUCCAAACUGGGAUCACCCAUUUGAGAUUAUGUGUGAUGCAUCUGACUAUGCAGUAGGAGCAGUGCUUGGCCAAAAGAUAGACAAGAAACUCAAUGUCAUCUACUAUGCAAGCAAGACUAUGGAUGAUGCUCAGUGCAAGUAUGCAACCACAGAGAAGGAGCUCCUUGCCAUAGUCUUUGCCUUUGAGAAAUUUCGAAGCUAUAUAGUUGGAUCCAAGGUGAUUGUGCACACUGACCAUGCUGCCCUUAGGCACAUCUUCGCUAAGAAAGAUACAAAGCCAAGACUUCUCAGAUGGAUCCUUUUGCUUCAAGAGUUUGACAUAGAAGUUGUGGACAAAAAGGGAGUAGAAAAUGGAGUUGCUGAUCAUCUCUCUAGGAUGCGAGUUGAAGACAUGAUCCCCAUCAAUGAUUCUAUGCCUGAAGAACAGCUUAUGGCAAUCAUGAUCUUGAAGGAGAGUUUUGAUGAGAAAGCCAGGCUGGAAGAAGUUAAGGCUCUGCGUGAUGAGAAUUUGCCAUGGUAUGCUGAUAUAGUGAACUUCAUGGUGUCCGGAGAAGUCCCUAGUAGCUUUGAUGCUUACAAGAGGAAGAAAUUCUUCAAGGAUGCUAGGCAUUACUAUUGGGAUGAGCCUUACUUGUACAAGAGAGGACCAGACAGCAUUUACAGGAGAUGCAUAGCUGAAGAGGAUGUACAAGGAGUUCUAGAGCAUUGCCAUGGGUCAGCUUAUGGAGGUCACUUUGCUACAUUCAAAACAGCAACUAAGGUUUUGCAAUCUGGGUUUAUGGUGGCCUACUUUGUUUAA